GCUCUGAGCAACCAUUCCCACUCGGUUUGAGAUUGGACUCGCUAUAGGCAACCUUCAUUCCAGCCUCGAUCACUCUUUUCACCAAUGAUAGGGCCUCGGCCAUGAGGUCACACCGAUCAUCCCGUCAGGCUCAAUGGGUUGAGCAACAGUUACCGAUUGCCUACCAGGGCCAGGAAGAUCUCAAACGAGAGCUCGACCGGAUCUUUGGCAGAAACAAGCACCAAAUCAAAGAGGUUAAAUAUGACCAUUACCACCUCAUCCUGCCUCGGGCACUUCGACAUGAAGAAAUCGAGACAAUCAAAGAGAACAUCGCGACGCACUAUGCUACACAAGGGGAGGGUUGGUGAUAGGAUAGACGAUGAUAUGACUAGGAGGGGUCGGUAGGGAUACGCAGGAGUGGCUUCGUCAACGUGGUCGCAUGUCCUCAAUAGCAAGUACAUCU